CGGCCGGUGCAGGCUACGCCUUGGAACCCGCGGACGGCGACUGCAGCCACAGGUGCCGCGCAGGGCAGUGUGUCCCAGCUCUGGGCAUCAAAACUCCAGCGCUGGGAGCUAAGGCUUCCGAGCUGCUCCCAACCCUGGACACCGAGGCCCCCGGGCCGGAGAGCGGAGCCCUGGGGUCGUCCGAAGCGCGGGGCCCUGAGCCCCCCGGGUUAGACAGAGAAAUUCCCUGGCCUGCCGCAGAGCAGGAUACCGAGGUCCCCAGGCCAGGCGGCGAAGUCCCCGUGCCCUCCCCAGACCAGGGCGCGGAGACCCCCGAGCAAGAGAGCGAAGUCCUCGGGCCAUCAGCGGGGCAGGAGGCAGAGCGCCCUGGACCGACCGCAGCUGAGGGCUUUGGGAGUCCUGAGAGAGGCAGCGACGACGCUGAACCGUGUGAAGCGCGAGGCGUGGGGCUCCUGGAGCAGUGUCCCUCUCAAGGUCCGGAAACCUCCUCUGAGUCAAACUCGGAAUCCCCCCAGCUGCGUUUUCUACUGCGCAGCGAGACCCCAAAACAGCCCCCAGAGGAGCCGCUCAUGGAGACGCCCAUCGAGCGCGAAAUCCGCCGCAGCUGCGAACGCGAGGAGAGCCUGCGCCGGAGCCGGGGCCUGAGCCCAGGUCGCGCGGGCCGCGAACUCAUCGAACUGCGUGUGCGGCCGGUGCUCACCCUGCCGGGCCCCGGCCCCGCGCUCCCGCGCGCCUUGGAGCGCGCUCGGGCGGGCGCGCAGAUGCAGCGAGACAUCGAGCGGGAGGCCCAUCGGCAGGCGGCGCUAGCGCGCCCCGAGGUCCCAAAGCAGCGCGCCCGGCAGCCGCCUCAGCCGCUGGGCGAGCUCAAGCGCUUCUUCGAGGCUGCCGGCGGGUGCGGCUCCUCGCCAGCGGCGGAGGGCAGCGCGGACCCGCAGCGGCUGUCUGAGCCCGGAGGCCGGCCACGUUCAGUCGUGCAGAGCCGGUGCCCGGUGCUGGCCCGCGCCCCGCCGCCCAUCGCACCAUCGCUGCUGGAGCAGGAGGUGCGCGAGGUGAAUGAGCGCGAGCGGGAACUGCAGCGCCAGCGCCUCAGCGUCUACGGCACUGCCGAGUUCAAGGAGCCCGCGCCCAGCCUAACUGCGAGCAGGGGCGACGGAAAGCUGGAGGUGAUCUGGCCUCCCCGCAGAAAGGCUUCGGAGAACGGUCUGGAGCAGGAGGAGCGGAAGCCUUGAGGCUCGAGCCGGCUGGGGUCCCCGGACGAAGGUAACAUGCCCAUCAGAGGACCCAGGGAGGGGCGUCCAGGAGUGCCCUCCGGAUCGGCGGAAGGCCUGGAGAAGGGCUAUAGGUCUGAGCCAGGAAAGACGCAAUCGAUCAGCCCCUCCUCGAACCUGACUUUGUGAAAUUGACCAGAAUCUUCUAUAAAACUGUCAGUCCCAAUUGGGAAACACCACCAUCACAAACCCGCCAGUAAAACUGCCCCGCCCUUCUCCACCUAACUGCAAACGGAACUAGCCUCUCCUUCCGGCCUUCACUGUUAGAUAGGGGUCACCUCCUCGGCUGUCCCCACUCCCCAAUAAAGCCCCUUCUUUCUGGGCAGUGCAGGCUGUUUUCUUCUGGGUCCUCUUCGUCUGCGGUGGGGUGGGGCGGGAGCGCGGCGGGAGGAGCAAGGCUUGAAAAAGUCGCCGGAGGCGCCGGCCAGAAUGCCGAAUGUCCCCUAUCUCCCUGUUCCGGGGCCGCAUAUCUCCCCCUGCCCGGCCGGGGUCCUAGUGCCCCCUGGCGACGCGGGCGCGAACUGCGGCGUUGGGACAAACGAACUCAUGCCUACCUACCCUUUCCAGAUUUCGUCAACAUUUAUUGGUGCCAAACGACAUGCCCCGCGCAGGGUGCUGGCUAGACAGAGAUGAUAAGAGGUUGUUCCCGCCCUGGGGACAUAAACAAUGGCUAC